ACCCACACCCCAAUAAAUAUUAAGCGAUAUUUUAUUUUUCAAUAAAUCUUAAUAUGUGAAUACUUAUGUGAAGUUACCCUCAUAUUCUGAUAAUGUUAAAUUUUCCAUUCCAUAAAAUACGUUUUUGACUUACUUUGAAUGUCUCUUUGAGUAUCGAAUUGACCUAUGAAAAAAUCGUUCGAGAUUUCUUUGAAUUUUGAUCUCAUCUAAAAUAAUGUCUUUUGAUUAUGAGAAAUUAUUAAAACAUCAGAAUUUCAAAUAGUCUGUGCCUACCAUUUUGAUUUUUAUAUUUAUACUAGAUUAUCUUAAAAGAUUGGUUUUUCUCAUAAGAUUUAGAUAAAAAAAUAAACCAAUUGUUAUUCGAAAUAUUUGUUUGUGCAUGUAAAUAUUUUUGAAGUUCAAGUUCAAAUGAACAAGCUAAAUGUUUUUCUUUUUCCUCUUUUUUAUUGGGAAAUAAGAUGAAACGUCAAAUCAUAUAAAAUAUCUAUUUAAAUUGAAAAAUGAAUUGAAGUAAAAAUUAUCAACUUUUGUAUCAUCUGAAAGGAAAAUUGUCUCGUGUUCCUGAUAAUGUAAGUUUUAUUUAUUUCAACAUGAAAUUAAAUGCAACAACAUCUUUCUAAAACAGUCGUGCUCUUUUAACUAUCAAUAAUCGAAUUAUCGAAUGGAGAUGCAAUGAAAUGUCUUCUUACUAGUCAUUGUCUAAUUGUGAACCAUUCCAAUCACCUCACAUUAUUCAGAAAUCAAUAUCGAUUUGUGCACUCCAUAUGAAAUGAAUGUCAUUGAACAACCAUGAGUUUUUUUUUGCUUCUUUCUCGUCACUCGUCGUCUUAUCUUUCAGUGCAUGUUUUAUUGAUGUUGUGUGCGGUCCUUCUUAUAGAGUGCUUAUUUGAUAAGAAUUUAUAAAAAAACGAAAAAAAAAAGAGAUAAACACAAACAGUAACGGAAGAUAAGGAUCUGACACGCUGCAAAAGUAAGAUGCGAAUCGUUCAAAAAAAACAAGUCAACGGUGUGAGACACAGAAAAUAUUCUAAUCAACAGCAACACAUUAUUCAAAUUACGAAGAACUUGGUGACUUUAGUAAUUUAAUCCUACGCAAAGAAACUGCGAAUAUUUUACUUCUUCUUUUCUCUCAUUCUAUUCAUUAA